GCGUGUGUUGUUCAAGGACUAGGCUACAUCAGACUACAACUCGAUCCAAGGACCUCUGCAUCGCGUUUGACCAAACAGGCAGAUAUGGACUUUGUCUUGGGUUCAGUGGACCCACAUACUGACAGCUGGAACAAUUCGUUGUCAACAAACGGGACUGAUGACGAUGACUACUAUGAUGACUACUACGAAGACCAGCCUGAGCUGAAGAAGUCACUGAACAUCAUGUCACUCGUUGUCUACUCCCUGGCAUUUGUCUUGGGCGUGCUGGGCAACGGGCUUGUGAUCUGGGUGACUGGAUUUAAAAUGAAGAAGACUGUCAACACCGUCUGGUUCCUGAACCUGGCGGUGGCUGACUUCUUGUUCACUGCAUUUCUGCCCCUGAGCGUGGCUUAUACAGCCAUGGAUUUCCACUGGCCCUUUGGCAGGUUCAUGUGCAAAGUCAACAGCACCCUGACCACAUUGAACAUGUUUGCCAGCGUUUACAUCCUCGUCGUGAUCAGCGUGGACCGCUGCAUUUCUGUGGUGAAGCCAAUCUGGGCACAGAACCACCGAAGCGUGCAAAGAGCAUCGGCAGUGAGCCUCGUCGUCUGGUUCCUGGCUCUGGUGCUUAGCUCACCCUACUUCGUGUUCCGGGACAUCGGUUCCGGAACACGAGAGAACAACAGCAAUGUCAUCAACUGCUUCAACAACUUCGCUUUCUCUGAUGAGGACUCCCCUGAUAUUGUGGCACUGAGGUCGCUGCGCCACUGUGCCAUGAUCAUAACCCGGGUCAUACUUGGCUUCAUAGUGCCAUUUGCCAUCAUUGUUUCCUGCUACGCAGUCAUAAUUCAUCGCCUCAGGAUGAACCGCUCGAUGUCAGGACGGACUGGGCGACCCUUCAGGAUCAUUGCAGCUGUUAUCACCGCCUUCUUUCUGUGCUGGGCACCUUUCCACAUUAUGUCGAUCAUUGAGAUGGUUAAUCACAUGAGGUCAGAGGAUGAUUUCAGUCUAAGUCUGCACCAUGUCGUAAAGGUUGGCAUUCCAAUCACCACCAGCCUGGCCUUCCUCAACAGUUGCCUCAACCCCUUGCUGUAUGUCUUCAUGGGUCAGGAUUUCAAGGACAAGGUGCGCAAGUCCAUCUUGAAGGUGUUGGAGACGGCGUUUACAGAGGAAGUGUCUCGCACCAACACGUACACCAACUCAAUGCUCACCAGCCGCAGCAAGGAGAAGUCAUUUUCUGAUGCAGAGGUGUGAGAAUUUGAGGAGGCAGGUUUUUUGUUUUUUCAGGGACACAUGAAUUCUGUGUCACUUCUCAAGAACAACCACUUUGGCCCAACCAGCCUACCACACUAUACAAACGCAGACAACAAACACAGUGCUGCAGUGUGAUAUGUGAGCUUGAGCUGUCAAUGACAUCGCAGUUGUUCAUUUAUCUGUUCUGUACGUUGAGAUUAUGAACCCCCAUGCAAUUGCCUGAUAGGAACAAGGGGUUGCAAAGGAGAUUUAUGAACCAUCUUUAUGGCAAGACAUUUGAUAUGUUGUAGGUGCAUUUAAUAUAUGUGUAGUCUUGCGGAUGAAUAUAUAAACAAAAUGCAGUUGCAUUCACAAUU